AUGGCUAAUAUAUUAAACCUUGAUACUCAAAACACUAUUCUACCUAUACACAUUGUCUUCUUUUAUUGGUACGGAUUUUGUGUAUUAGAUUUGAGACUUGGCGGUAUUUUAACAUUGUCAAUGUAUCAAAAAACCUGGUUAAUUAUACCUACUGAGCACCCAAGCAAAUCUUGGUUUAUAUUUCUCAAGUGUUUCGUAGUAAAUAGGAUGAUGAAUAGCAAGGGUUUUAAUCUAGACCCAGGAUUUGGUUACACAUCACAUCACAUUGUAGCGUGGAAACAACCAAGCAUUUUAUUUACAUUGCCAUGCCUUGAUGCAGAGGAAGGUUCUAGUCCUUCAUUCAAAUGCAGAUUUCUUGGCCUUUUUCCAAUACUGAGACCAAUGAAAGCAAUUACAAGUUUUAUUUAG